UCUCUAAGCGCAGGCCGAACCAUGGGUACCCAAAAGCCGCGGAUCCUGCCCUGGCUGAAGUUGCAGCUGGACUUGGGGCGGCUGGAGGGGGUGGCCUGGCUGGACGAGAGUCGCACGCGCUUCCGCAUCCCGUGGAAGCACGGCUUGCGCCAGGAUGCCCAGCAGGAGGACUUCGGCAUCUUCCAGGCCUGGGCCGAGGCCAGCGGCGCCUACACUCCUGGAAAGGAUAAACCUGAUUUGCCCACCUGGAAGAGGAAUUUCCGAUCGGCCCUGAACCGGAAGGAGGUGUUGCGUUUAGCCGAGGACCGGAGCAAGGACCCCCACGACCCCCACAAGGUCUAUGAGUUUGUGAACUCAGGAGCUGGGGACUUUCCUGAGUUGGACACCUCUCCAGAUACCAAUAGCAGAUGCAGUCCCUCUGACACCCAGGAAGACAUACUGGAGGAGUUGCUGAGUGACAUGGCUUUGGCCCCAUUCCCAGAUGGGGGGCCCUCGAGCCUGCCUAUGGUCCCUGAGGAGACCCCUCCAUUCUUGCUGAGCCCCAGCGUAGACAUCCCUGCCCCCUGCCCAAACCUGCAGCCCCCGGAAAACCCACUGAGGCGGCUGUUGGUGCCUGAGGAAGAGUGGGAGUUCGAGCUGACUGCCUUCUACCGGGGCCGCCAAGUCUUCCAGCAGACUGCCCUCUGCCCGGGGGGCCUGCGGCUGGUGGCGUCAGAUGCAGACCAGACACUGCCUGGACAGCCAAUAAUCCUGCCAGACCCCGGGGUGUCGCUGACGGACAGGGGCGUGAUGGGCUACGUGAGGCGUGUGCUGAGCUGCCUCGGUGGGGGGCUAGCUCUGUGGAGGGCGGGACAGCGGCUCUGCGCCCGGAGGCUGGGGCACUGUCACACGUACUGGGCCUUGGGCGAGGAGCUCCUCCCUGACAGUGGCCACGGGCCCAGCGGCGAGGUCCCCAAGGAUGAGGAAGGAGACGUGUUCGACCUGAAGCCCUUCGUGGCAGGUGAGUGAGGCAGGAGGUCCUUCAGAGCUUUGCUGUGGAGUGUUUUCCCUGACCGGUUUCCCCCCCACUUCCUGCAGGUUGUUCCCACUUGUCUCAGGGCCCUGCUGGACAUGGCACGGUCAGGGGGCGCCUCCUCACUGGAGACCACCGUGGACCUGCACAUCUCCAACAGCUACCCACUCUCCCUCACCUCGGACCAGUACAAGGCCUACCUCCAGGACCUGGCCGAAGACAUGGAUUUCUAG